AUGGACCUCGCCCCAUCAAACCCUAUUCGUGUUCGUGAAUUAGUGGUCCCCGAAGAGUACAAAAAUUAUGUGAAGAAUAACGGUGAAAGUGGAAACUUUUUCAUAGCAGACAGUGGUUAUGAAGAUGAAAGAAUCAUGAUUUUCGGAAGACAGAGCUGGACUGCGUUUUUGCUGGAUUCCGAGGUUUGGUACGCUGACGGAACCUUCAAGUUAGCUCCUCCGUUAUUUGCACAAGUUUAUGUAAUUAUGGCAAGAAGACAUGGAGGAGUUCACCCGGUUUUGCAUGCCUUAUUACCAAAUAAAAGCCGUGCAACUUAUGUACCCAUGUUUCAAAUGAUUAGUGACGAAAUUCCUGGAUUAGACCCAAGCAGAAUAUCGUGUGACUUUGAACAGGCAGCUAUAUCAGCAAUGGAAGAAUGUUUUCCAGGAGUAGUGAUACAAGGUUGUUUCUUCCAUUUAGCACAUAACGUACAUAAGCAACUUAAACAAAUUGGGCUUCAAGUUUUAUAUAAUAAUGAUUCUGAAUUUGCUUUAAAAGCAAAAAUGAUCGUAGCCUGUGUUUUUGUGCCUAUUCCUCAUUUUGGAUACUUACAUCGAUGCCCUUGUCAGAAGACUUGCCGCAAGAGCUUCAAUCACUUAUUAACUGGUUUGAGGAUAAUUACGUUGGACGAACCAUGA